CCGGAAGCGGAAGCUGGUUUUCAGCGGCGCUGGCGGGUCUAUACGCGCGCCAGGGGAUGGGUUCCAAGGCCAAGAAGCGAGUGGUGCUGCCCACGCGCCCGGCGCCCCCCACGGUGGAGCAGAUCCUGGAGGACGUGCGGGGUGCGCCCUCCGACGACCCCGUUUUCGCCGCGCUGGCCCUGGAAGACUCCCUAGGCCUCUCUGGGGGGGCAGAGGACACGGAGGCCCAGCGGGAACAGCUCUACCAGCAGAGCCGAGCCUACGUUGCCAUGAACCAGCGGCUGCAGCAGGCGGGCGAUAGGCUGAAGCAGAAGUGUGAGGAGCUGUGGCGAGCGGGUGAGGAGCUGGAACGAGACGUCAGCCAGGUGAAGCAAGUGGCGCUGCCAGGAGCCAUGGCCGCCUCCUUGGGCUGAGCAGCCUGCCUGCUUGCCUGCCCUGGGCAGGGCACCCCCGGCUCCCCGUGACACCUGACCUGGCACAGCUUAAGCCCCCCGGGUCCCAUGGUCUGUGUGUGCCCUGGUACCCAGAGAGCCCUGGGGACACAGCCGGGCACAAGCUCCUCUCUGGGGGUCAGGCCUGGGACCUGGUGUGGAUGCUGCUCACCCCGGGGCCGUGGAGCCCAGACAGGACUUCACGUGGGGUCCCCAGCACCCGAGGGCCAGACCGUCCACCCUCCUCUCCUUCCCUCUGCGGACUCUGCUUCCCCGCAUCGUCCCCAAUAGACGGAGCUGGUGGGACCCACUCUGCUGCCUCUGUCCAUCUCUGCCUGAACUGCAGGGCCCCCGCGAUUCCUGAGGAGGCCGGGGGUUCUGUUCCCUCCGCCACAGUGGCUGUGGCUAUGAGAGGAGCCGUUGCCUGGCAGGGCCCAGAUGUGAGAUGGGGCCUCUGGUGGGUGCCGCCCCUGAGGACCCUGAGCACCCUGACCUAAGGUGUGGACGCUCCCGCAGGGCAGGUUCACGGUCGGGGUGCGGGGCCGGCCUGGGAGCUGUGGGACUGCAUCACACGGGGCUCCUGGCCGGGCUCCACGAGGACAAGCUGGCCUGUCUCCCACGCGAGCCCUUGCUGGCUGCCUCCAUCCUGGCAAGCUUCGCCUGUGGGUGGGUGUGGGGACCACGGAAUAGAAGCAGAUCUUGAAAAGGGCUUUUCACCCUAAAAGACAGACUUUCGGAAGACCAGGGCAACAGUGGCUGCAAGAGGCAUCACAGAAGCCAGGCUGCUUGGGGGCGCCCCCACUGAGCCCCUCAGGUGCAAUCUGCUCUGUACCUGGCCCCUGCACAGUGCCUCUGUGAACUGCCCUCUCCUGGGGUCCCUGGAAGCUCCGGGGCAGCACGGUGGGGCAUCCCAGAGGUGUUUUUCUUUCCCUGAAGAAGGGGAGUCUGCUUAAUCCUGAGAGACCCCCAAAACCAGGAACCAGAAAGGAGGCCUGGGGGCACAAGUGUACAGAAAGCUCAGGCUUGGCUCCCAUGAUGGCAGUGGACGCCAAGACCGUCCUGCCCAGGCUGGGCCCGCUCGCGCAUCAGCACCCUUCCACAGCUGCUAACAGCCCGCCCGGUGCGAGGGGCCUCGCCCCUCCCUGCUUGGCCCUGGUCUCCGGGCACUGCCUGGCUCUGAAGUGCUGUCUGCUCUCCGGAGCCCCCCACCCCCGCCACCAGGGGUCAGGCAGGGGCGCCCGCACUGACCUCGCUGUGCUGCCGUCCCGGGGCCAGGCCACAUUCCAGCUGUGCCUCCAGGGAUCUGCCCGAGGAGGAUUUCUGAAAGGUGUCCUAGCGUGUUGCCUCCUGGCGGAGGCCAGGCCCCUCCCAGCCCCACCCCACCCGCGCCCCUUGGAAAUAGAGCCACAGACAGCAGGGCGCGGUUCGACAGCUGGGUUUAUUAAAGGUGCGCGUAAGA